CAUCCCUCAAAAUGGUGGACGGGUGAAAAACCAGAAAAAAAUGUCAAUUUUUUAAAAAUUGCAGAUAUUAUGAAAGUUAACGCAAUGCACCGUUGAGAACGAACUUACACAUUGAAGUUGAAUUCUGUAUACAGGUGUACUGAUUCAAGAUGGCAACUGUCGACACCAACCCUAUCCUGGAGGAGGUCGAUGAAGUUGAAAUUAGCAUUGAUGAUACCCCGUCUAAUGUCAGAGGGACACUAACCACAUUCCCCAAUGCUGGGGCAUCAUUCCAUAAUCCACCACAGUACAUCAGGCCAAGGGCUUCUGAUCUGGAGAAAUGGCCACUCAAUAUAGGAAUAGUUCAAAUUGUAACUGGAUUCUUACUUGUUUUAGCAGGUGUUGCCGAGGUGUUUGUCAUUCCACUAUUUGAUGAUACAAGUGGAAGUCUAUAUACCUGGAACUUAGGGCAUGCUAAUUUGUUUGGAGUUGGUCUAUGGACAGGUGCAAUCUUAAUCAUCACAGGAAGCACAGCAGUGAGGUCUUCCAUCAGUAAAAGACAGUCUACAGUAUACAGAUUUUUCCUACUCACGAUACUGAGCAUGAUUGUGUUCAUAGCUGCAGUUAUUCUUUUUAUCAAAGGCUACGCCAUGAAGUGGAACCUACCAGAGUCAUACCCACCGGGAAGUGCAAUGUUUCCAGUCCAUGUCACGCUCACUGUCCUCAUCUCAUUUGGCCUCUUUAUCAUAUUCCUCGCAUUCAUGGAAUAUUACGAGACCGUUUUCUUCGGGGAACUCCAACUAUUACGGAAGUUCCUCAGCUGUUGUCUACCAUGUGUAUGUCCUAAGGUGCGGGAUUUGGAUAAUGACAGGAGUCCACAAAUGCCUGUGUGACCAUGACAGAUUGAGACAUUAAAGGGUCUUGUUUACAAUGCAAAGUUAAACCCUAGCUCAUGUACAAACAAAGGAAUCAAUCAUUGAUGAGUUAUACAGAGCAUAAAUAACAUUAUGUAAGAUCAGAUCUUUUGCAUGGUUUGAUCCUGGAUCAGAAGAAUCAAUCAAUUUGAAUUUGAUUAUUUAUUGAAUAUAUUAUCAAGAUUUACUUCGAUCAUUGAAGAAAAUCGAUUCAGAAAAUGAGACCAACAUCUAGGACAUAUAGAUAAUGAGUUUUAGGGGCUGCAUGCUUCUAGAUCACCCUAUCAAUGAACAAUCAAGCCAAUAUAGAGAGGCUGG